CCGCUUCGUUCGUGCGAUAAAAAAACCGGCUGCGGCAAGUUUUUGACGUUGCGAUUUGACUUUCAAAAAAAGUUCGGUUUCCAAAUAAAUAUAAUUCUCGAAACAAGUCUGGCUCGCGUGAAAAGGACGAUGAAAAAUCCGUGAACUUAGAGAGAACGGCGCCGCGUUUUCUUUGCGCAAUCAGACUGCCAAACGAUUUUCCCCCGCUUCCGUUUCCCUCUAUUGCGUAAUCGGAAUAACGAGAAACUGAAAUCCCGCUGCCAAUAUUGCGACGACCAAUUUACCCUUUUCAUUCGAUCCGCUGCCGCAUCUGCAGCGAUGAUAGUUAAAGCGGAAAUCGCGAUCCUGCAAUGCCUUAUGGGAAAUUACAACACAAAGAUUUGAAUGCAGGUUUGAUUCAAUAACGACCUGGAUAAUGAAAGGUGAACUUUUUACCCCUGAUUGUGAGUGAAUUUGCAUCUAAUUAUUUCCUGCAGUGAGAUACAACGGAAAAAGUUUGCUUUCCACCGAGCUUCGACACGUGUCUAAUUAAGAAGUGCGUCAUCGGUAUUCCCAGAUACAGCGAUUGGACUCGCAGAUUUUUUUCAGGACGCUAACGAAGAUAUUCAGCAAAACGACUGAGUACCUACACACCCUGGAUUUACAAUGGCAAACAACGACACCUGGGAAAACACCACCGCCAUGCUGAAUAGCACUGGUAAUACAACGGCGGAACCCACGCUUGAACCUGACAUGAUAUUCAACGAAGGCCACGUGAUAGCCAUCGUCACCUACAGUAUACUAAUGGUCAUUUCUGCCAUCGGUAAUUCAACAGUUCUCGUUCUGAUUCGACGGAGAAAAGGAAACACUAGAUCCCGGAUAAACACGAUGCUGAUGCACCUGGCGAUCGCGGAUUUACUCGUCACCUUCAUUAUGAUGCCUACGGAGAUCGGAUGGGCUGCUACCGUGUCGUGGAAUGCUGGAGACGCGAUGUGCAGGAUCAUGGCUUUCUUCAGAAUGUUCGGGCUUUAUCUAUCAUCCUUUGUACUCGUCUGCAUUAGCGUCGACAGAUACUACGCGGUAUUGAAGCCUCUGCAUCUGAUGGACGUCGACAGGAGAGGAAAAGUCAUGCUGACCAUUGCUUGGGUCGGCUCGACGAUCUGCUCCCUGCCACAGAUGGUCGUUUUCCACGUCGAUAACCACCCGGUUUUCACCUGGUACGAGCAGUGCAUCACCUACAACACAUUCCCAAGCUACACGCACGAGUUGACCUAUUCUUUAUUCGGUAUGGUUGUGAUGUACGCGUUGCCCUUGAUCGUGAUAAUAUUCAGCUACGCCAGCAUUAUCAUCGAGAUAUACAAGAGAUCGAGGGAAUCCUUUACAGACAAAAUGCGACGAUCGUCUCUCGGAUUUUUGGGCCGGGCAAAAAUCCGCACCCUCAAAAUGACCAUCAUCAUUGUUCUGGUCUUCUUCGUUUGCUGGACUCCGUACUACGUGAUGAGCUUGUGGUACUGGAUAGAUCGCCCAUCGGCGCAAAAAGUCGACCUGCGGAUACAGAAAUGCCUCUUCUUGUUCGCCUGCACCAAUUCCUGCAUGAAUCCGAUAGUUUACGGGGUCUUCAAUAUCCGUAGCAGAAAAAGGGAUGCGACGACAUCGCAAAGGGUGGCCUCCAGCACGAGUCGAGGGGUCCUCGGGCAGGGCGCGACGGAAGUCAUGUGCCGCGUUUCCUGGCGCGGAAAUGCGAAAGGAUCCCAACGUCAGCCCCUCAAGCCAAACGCCCUGGCGCGCGAAGCUUUCGAGCUUUUCUCCGCCCGUUACACCCGGAAGGAGAAGCGGCAGAGCGAAAGUCAGAUGACCACCGUCACCGUCGAGCAGGAGCAGGUCAAUUCCGAGAGUGACAGACACUGUUUUACCGGCACGCCGAAGCUCCGAACCACGAUAUUCUGAAGCUCACGAUGACGUCACGAUUCCCGAAGUCAUACUCGGGUGGUUUAUUGGCUCGUCGAGAACACUUCAAUUUUUGUAAUU